CUGCUGGGUGCCGGCCACAGAAGCAAAAAGACGAGGGGCUUGUCGUCCUGUGGGCCAGGCAGGGCCACCAGGGAGGUGGCAUUUGAGUUCGGUCUUAAUAUUUUGCAGGGCUUUGGAGACGAGGUGGAGGAGAGCUGCGUUUCUGACGGGAGGACCAGCAUAGGCAAACGCAUGGAGGCCCAGGACGUGCUGGGGCUUAGAGCACACUGGGUGCUUGAAGGGAGACCAGCACAGGCAAGCUUAGACAGGGAGAUUGGAACUAGCCCCCCGAGUGCCUGCUAAGGAGUUGGAGCUUUAUUCUAGAGUGAGGGACCCGGGGGGGGGGGGGGGUUCUGAGACGAGGAGUAAUGCCACCAAGCUGCACUGGGGAGGUUGACCUUCAGCGAGAGGUAAGCCUGGAGGCAGGGGAGUAGCUGGGAGACCAUGACCUUGGACCAUAGGGAAGAGGCCUGGCCGGAGGGACUUGCUGAGCCACCCUCAUUCUGCUCCAUGUUGGCGGUGCUGUCAGGCUGGUGCCAUGCCCCCCCCAGCAGAGGUGACGGACCCAUCCCACGCCCCCGCCGUCCUGCGCCAGCUCAAUGAACAGCGGCUCCGAGGCCUCUUCUGCGAUGUCACCCUCAUAGCCGGGGACACCAAGUUUCCUGCUCACCGCAGCGUCCUGGCGGCUUCCAGCCCCUUCUUCAGGGAGGCCCUGCUCGCUGCAGCUCCGCUGCCCCUCCCACCAGCUAUCGGGGGCUCGGCCCCUAACCCUGCCGCCACCACAGCUGCCUCCUCCUCCUCCUCCUCCUCUCCACCUCCAGCUUCGCCCCCGGCUCCCUCCCCACCCAGGGUCCUAGAGCUGCCGGGGGUCCCGGCAGCUGCCUUCUCCGACGUCCUCAACUUCAUCUACAGCGCCCGCCUGGCGCUGCCCGACGGCGGAGGGGAUGGGGCCGCCGUGGCCGAGAUCGGCGCCCUGGGCCGGCGCCUGGGCAUCUCCCGCCUGCAGGGCCUGGGGGAGGGAGGGGACGCCUGGGUGCCUCCCGCCCCGGCCCCCGCGGCCACCGCGCAGCCCGGAGAGGACAGCUUUGGGCCGAGGCCCGCGGGCGAGUGGGAGAGCGACAGGGCGGAGGCCCAGGCCGCUGCCCCGCAGCCCGCCCUGCCCCGGCCGCCCCUGCCCUGCCCGCGGUGCGGGAAGAGCUUCAUCCACCCCAAGAGGCUGCACACGCACCAGGCGCAGUGCCGCCGCGGGGCCGGCGCCAGGAGCUCCGGGGGCCCCGCCGGCAUGGACGCCGCGGCCCUGCCCCCCGCGGCGGGCCUCCGGGGGGGCCCCGAGCACGUGGUGAAGGUGGUGGGCGGCCACGUGCUGUACGUGUGCGCCGCCUGCGAGCGCUCCUACGUGACGCUGUCCAGCCUCAAGCGGCACAGCAACGUGCACUCGUGGCGCCGCAAGUACCCGUGCCGCUACUGCGAGAAGGUGUUCGCGCUGGCCGAGUACCGCACCAAGCACGAGGUGUGGCACACCGGGGAGCGCAGGUACCAGUGCAUCUUCUGCUGGGAAACCUUUGUCACUUACUAUAACCUGAAGACCCACCAGCGAGCCUUUCAUGGAAUUAGCCCAGGCCUCCUAGCCAGUGAGAAGACACCCAACGGAGGCUACAAGCCCAAGCUCAACACCCUCAAGCUGUACCGCCUGCUCCCCAUGCGGGCAGCCAAGCGACCCUACAAGACCUACAGCCAGGGAGCCCCCGAGGCCCCUCUUUCUCCAAGCCUCAACACACCGGCCCCUCCAGCAGUGCCAGCCAGCCCUCCGCCUGGGCCCCCGCCUGCCCCGGAGCCUGGCCCCCCACACUCCGUCAUCACUUUCGCCCGCCCGGCUCCCUCUGUCAUCGUUCACGGGGGCAGCGGUGGUGGUGGGACAGGGGGUGGAAUGGCCAACACAGGUGGGGCCCAGGCCGCCUCAGUCAUCACUUACACUGCUCCCCCGAGGCCCCCCAAAAAGCGUGAGUACCCACCUCCUCCCCCAGUGCCUACACCCACACCAACCAGCCCUGCCACGGGGGGCAGCCCGGCCACGCCUGCAGGGCCUGCCGCGGCCACGGAGGAGACCAAAGGCCGCAGCCUGCGGGCCGGAAGGACUCUGACCUACGUGGCCAAGCCAGCCGGUGGGAGUGGCGGGGACGGGGCCCCCCCCGCAGGGCCCGGCCGGGGCCCUCAGCUGCAGGUGCCGCCGCCGCUGUGUCAGAUCACUGUGCGAAUCGGCGAGGAGGCCAUCGUCAAGCGCCGCAUCUCAGAAACUGACCUGCGUCCCGGGGAACUGAGCACAGAGGAAGUGGAGGAGAGUGAGGAGGAGGAGGAAGAGGAGGAGGAGGAGGAGGAGGAGGAAUCGAAGGCCGGUGGGGAGGACCAACUGUGGAGGCCCUACUACUCGUACAAGCCCAAGCGCAAGGCCGGUGCUGCAGGCGCGGGCGGCGGCGGGGGCAGCGGGACCCCCAGGGGCCGCAGGCCGCCGCGCUGGAGACAGAAGCUGGAGCCCAGGAGCUGGGAGGAGAGCCCAGGGGCUGAGCGGAGGCACCGCUGCGGGGAGUGCGCCCAGACCUUCGCCACCCAGAGGAAGCUGCGGAAGCACCAGGAGGCCCACAGCGGGGGCUCCCACGGCUCCCGGGCCGGACGGAGGUCUUCCCGCUUUGCCUGCCCUCACUGCGCCAAGGUGUGCAAGACGGCGGCCGCCCUGAGCCGCCACGGGCAGAGGCACGCUGCUGAGAGGCCCGGGGGCACCCCCACACCUGUCAUUGCCUACUCCAAGGGCAGCACGGGCGCCAGACCCGGGGAUGUCAAGGAGGAGGCCCCCCAAGAGAUGCAGGUCUCCUCAUCCAGCGGGGAGGCGGGGGGCGGGGCUGCUGCCGCGGAGGAGGCUUCGGAGGCCGCCUCCGUCCAGGACCCUGUCAUCUCAGGGGGUGAGGAGCUCCCCGCGGUCGCAGGAGGGGGCGCCUAUGCAUACCCACCUGUGCAGGAGUUCCCACUGGCUCUGAUUGGAAGCGGCCGGGAGCCGGGCAGUGGUAGGGGAAAGGCGGGUAGUGAGGGGCCGGUGGGGGCUGGGGAGGGGGACCGAAUGGAAGGGAUAGGAGCUGCCAAAGUCACCUUCUACCCCGAGCCCUACCCCCUCGUCUAUGGCCCCCAGCUCCUGGCUGCCUACCCUUACAACUUCAGCAACCUGGCUGCUCUCCCGGUGGCUCUUAACAUGGUCCUGCCUGAUGAGAAGGGUGGAGGGGCCCUUCCCUUCCUACCGGGGGUCUUCGGCUACGCAGUCAAUCCUCAAGCAGUACCCCCCGCACCCCCAACACCGCCUCCCCCGACUCUUCCUCCACCGGUCCCCCCUAAGGGGGAAGGGGAGUGGGCAGGGAUUGAAGGAACCCAGAAGGGAGAUGUGGGGUGAGCUCUGGGCCCAGAGUUCCCCUUUCACCCUGAACCCCCGCCACUACCAGCUCCCUGGCCUCCUUGCCCCUCGGGAGCCCCUCCACACUCUUGUGCAGGGACUUGGGGGCCCCGGAGCUCAGGAGUCAGGCUGCUUUGUGUGAGAUUGUAGUUUUCCUAUCUCCUGGGAAGGGAUCUUCGGUGGUUCCCCUCUCAGUUCUCCUCCAGGGAAUGACCUCCGUGAGGGGCAGGGCCAGCUCCCAUCCCCUUGGCCAGCCCUUGGGGCAACUGAGCAAUAUACUUCCAUGACUCUCUACUCAUGGCCCCCACCAGCUCUGAAUGUCUGAUCCACCCCCAUUCGUACACCUAGGGGGAAACCAUCUCUCUUACCUAACGUCCUCCCUCCUGAAGCUUUCUCUAAGCCCUUGCCCAGAUGCUUCCUAGCACAUUCCAUUCUUGGCCCAGGGCCUGGACCAGACCAUUGUGAUACCUGACACCCACCCACAGGGGAGCUCGGCUUUGGAUUCUAUUCUUCCGACGGUGGAUUUCUGUGUCCCUUUUUCCUUCACGUUCAGAGGCCAUGCCUUCCUUGGCUUCCAUGCCUUUGGAUCUUCCAUGUUCCUCCUCAGACUCCCAGACCCUGGAGAUGGCCUCUUCCAGGCCAGGUCAAGGAGGUGUUGGGGAGGAGGGCUACCCAUCUGUUCCUUUCCCAGCCCAGGGCAGCACCAAUCUUGGUUCUAUCUUGACCCCCAAAUCCAGUGAGGCCCAGAUUCUUCCAAGGCGAAAAAGAUGAGUAGUUCACAUCUCUUUCUGCCUCUACAUAUGGCCUCUUCUGGGCUAAACCAGAUUUGGGGGCUAGGAGGGAGGACCUCCAUAGGGGAUGGGGAAGGGAAUCUACUUUUUCCCUGUGUUUUGUUUUUUGUUUUUCCCCUUCUUUUUUUUCUUCCUGAUGGUUUCUCCCAGACUAGACCAAAUAGCCAGAAAAAUAAUGGGGGUUGGAUGGGCAGGUAAGCUCAAGAUUUGCACAUGACCUCCCAUCCUUACCUUCACCCCAUCUUCCCCAGUACCACUUCCCUCACCAGUCACUCCACGUGGUUUUGGGGAAACCAUACUAUUCCCUCGGUGGGCUUUGGGGUAUCCCCACCAAUUUCCCCUCCAAAAUAGCACCUUAUACCCCAUCUUUGAUUCAAUUCCCCACACCCAAAGAUCCCAGCCUAGGAUGGGGUUCAGGGACCUUACCGAGUCCCUAAUCCCUAAUUUGCACUAGUUAACCCUGGUCAGGGUCCCUCUGCUUCCUUCCAGUGGGUUGUUGGAGAAACAUUUGCUCCUAAUUCUCUGAUAACGCCUCCCCACGCUGUGAUUGGAUGAGCAUUUCCCAUCUAACCCACCUCGCCCAAAAAACCCAGCUCACAAGGGGAGAGCCAGUCCUGGGGAGCAAAUUUGAAAAAUGGGAAUUAGAGGAGUGUGGUUUUAGGAAGGGGGGAAGUUGCCUUUUUCGAAAUGGCAGCCUUUUUCCCAGCUACUGUUUUCUGGGGCCAAGAUGGCUGCCCUCUCAGAACACGUUGAAAGGGCAAGAUCAUGGCUUUUAGAGGGAGGUGAACGUGGGGGAGGGGCCAGGAGCAUCCUCCUGCCUCCUCUUUCCCUCCCAGACUACACAAAGGGGGAGGUCCUUGCCAGGCCCCCUGAAUGUUAACCAUGGAGGGGUAUCGCUCCUUCACUACUCCUCUGUCUCUUUGCACUUUUCUUGGUCUUGGCCACAGUCCGAGUGAAGAGUUUUCCUACUGAAUGUACCAAGUUCCAAUUUUUAUGGGAGAAAAAAAACAAAAACAUUUUUAAACGGAAAAAUGCAA